AUGAAAUUCCGGUUUGCCGCCCUUUUUGUUGGGUUACUAUUAGCUACGUCAGUUAUAUGUAACGGAAACUCUACUUCGGUUGCCCCAGAAGCUUCAAGUUCUACAGUAGCCGCAUCAUCUACAGGUGCUCCAGCAUCUACUGACGCCCCAGCAUCUACAGCAGCCCCCGGAUCCACGGUAUUGCCUGGAUCUACAGUAUCCUCUGCCCCCGUUGCUUCCACCAACGCCCCCGGAUCUACAGUAUCCUCUGCCCCCGGUGCUUCCACCAACGCCCCCGGAUCUACAGUAUCCUCUGCCCCCGGUGCUUCCACCAACGCCCCCGGAUCUACAGUAUCCUCUGCCCCCGGUGCUUCCACCAACGCCCCCGGAUCUACCGUAACCGGUGGACAGACAACUGUAGGCGGAUCUACAGUAUCCUCGGGACCAACCACUCAAGCACCACUUCCAAAAUUCGGUUCCCCGGUUUGCGUAGAUUCAACUUGCACCUAUGAACUUGAUGCUCCUCAAAACAAUCAAGCAGUAUUGGCCACCGAUCAAUCGAUAGUCCAGGCCGAUCGGAAACAAUUUGUAGGACUCCAAACUGCUGCUGACGGAAAGGAUGCUCAAGUCAAAGCGGCCAAUGAUGCUGCUGUGGCAAAAAUUAAACAUCUUCAAGACCUAAUGGACCAAAUCCAGACUAAUAUGAACACGAUUCAAACGAAUAUGCAGAAAAUCCAAUCCCAACAAAACGAUGCUUUAGUCACCUUGAGCUUUGUAGAAUCCUUUAUUUCUAGUCUCAACGGAGGAAAGGAUACUUGCUUGUAUGAGAAGUGCCUAAAGCCAACAACUCCAGCGCCACCAACCACCACACCUACACCAGCACCAACUACCACUCCAAAUCCAUGUCCUGCAUUCAGCUGUCCAGUGGCUCCAACUGGAUCGGAUAAUUGCCAAUUGGAUCAAAACAACCAGCCAUACUGUAAUAAUUGCAUUGGUGAUUUGGAUGGACAUGGAUAUAUGGGUGCUAUGGAAGGCUGCCAGUCGGUGGCCUGCUCCGCUUCUGGCACCAACUUCACUGUUGAUAAUGAUAGCAUGGGCACCUGGUACUCUCCGGGAUACAAUUUGACAUCUACAGCCAACUCAUCAGUUCCAGCCAACUCCAACUGCGUUUAUAAUCUUCCAGGAACAUACCAAACGCCUACUGUUCCGAUCUUGGGUUGUCUGGAAUCUGGAAAUGUGCAAAUCUCAUUCUCUUCGAGUGACGGAAGUUUUACGCAAACCAUUGCUAGCACGACUUCAAAGAGAGCCUUAAACAGUUUGUUGAGCAAAAUCCCAGAUGGAUCCUUGACGUUAACUUCUACAAUCGCCGAUCCCACGUUCUGUGUAAUUCAACUCCAGCAAACUCCGACUGUGGCUGGUGUCGAGGUUGUCGAAAAGAAGAAUGGAUUCUUCUCCUGGUUGAUGGGAUAUUAA